AUGAAUCAAUCAAAGGGCCACCAAACAGCAAUGCACAUAUCUCCUCACUUUCUCUCUCCAACAAAUGUUUCUAAUGAACAUAUCAUCACCACUACCGCCUACCCUUCUGGUCCUCUCUCUCAUCUUUUUCACUUCAACUCUAUCCUUCACUGCCAACUUUUCUUUCUUUCUUUCUUUCUUUCCUUGUAGAUCAUAAUUGAACACUACACACGCAUAUCUAGGAUUUCAAAACCUGGUUUUAACUUGCUGCAUCAUAAUAUUAAUACCAUCAUGAACAAGCUGGUGGUGGAAGUACUUGAUGCCAGCGACCUUAUGCCAAAAGAUGGAGAAGGGUCAGCAAGCCCCUUUGUGGAGGUAGACUUUGAUGAGCAACAGCAGAGGACUCAAACCAAACACAAGGACCUCAAUCCUUAUUGGAAUGAGAAGUUUGUCUUCAACAUCAAUAACCCGAGAGAUCUUCCUCACCAGACAAUUGAAGUAGUUGUAUACAAUUACAAUGAUCAAAAACCAGGUAACCACAAGAACUUCCUUGGAAGGGUGAGAAUUUCAGGUGAUUCUGUCCCUUUCUCUGAGUCUCAAGCUACUAUCGAACGCUACCCACUUGACAAAAGGGGUCUAUUUUCAAAUAUCAAAGGAGAUAUUGCUCUUAGAAUUUAUGCUGUUCAUGAUCCUUCUGCUUAUACUGCUCCUUCUCCUCCUCCACAACUACAACCACAAGCCAGUGAAGAAUUUGAGCCUCAUCCUUAUCCUUAUGAGGAGGAGACUCCCUUGCAAGAAAUAAACACUAACAUAGUAGAUGAGGAAAGCAUGGUUGGUGAUAUUGAGAGGAAAAAUAAGAAGCACAAGAACAAGAAGAAAGAAAAGGAAGUGAGAACUUUUCACUCCAUUGGGACCGAGAAAGCUGCUCCAGCUCCUGCAGCAAGGCCUCCUCAAGCGGCACCAACAGUGGAAAUGAGAGCUGAUUUUGCAAAAGCAGGGCCACCCAAUGUGAUGUUAAUGCAGAUCCCGAAGCAAAACCCAGAGUAUGGAUUGGUGGAGACAAGUCCACCCCUUGCAGCUCGUUUGCGCUAUAGAGGAGGGAACAAGAUGUCAACCACGUAUGAUAUGGUGGAACAGAUGCAUUACUUGUACGUGAAUGUGGUGAAGGCAAGAGAUCUUCCAGUGAUGGAUAUCUCAGGAAGCCUUGACCCUUAUGUGGAAGUGAAGCUUGGUAACUACAAAGGGGUUACAAAGCACUUGGAUAAGAAUCAGAAUCCAGUUUGGAAGCAAAUCUUUGCCUUCUCAAAGGAGAGAUUGCAAUCAAAUUUGCUUGAAGUGACUGUGAAGGAUAAGGACAUUGGUAAAGAUGAUUUUGUGGGUAGAAUUAUGUUUGAUCUCACUGAGGUUCCUCUUCGGGUACCCCCAGAUAGCCCGCUGGCUCCUCAAUGGUACAGAUUGGAGGACAAGAAAGGGCAAAAGAUACAUCAUGGAGAAAUCAUGCUUGCAGUUUGGAUGGGAACACAAGCUGAUGAGUCAUUUCCAGAGGCCUGGCACUCUGAUGCUCAUAACGUUAGUCACUCAAACCUUGCAAAUACCCGUUCAAAGGUAUAUUUCACUCCCAAGCUUUACUAUCUUAGAGUUCAAGUGAUUGAAGCUCAAGAUCUUGUCCCUUCCAACAAAGGAAGAGCUCCGGAUGCUUGUGUUAGAGUAACACUAGGAAAUCAGAUGAGAUACACAAGGACUUCUCAAAUGAAAGUCAUUAACCCAGUUUGGAACGAUGAGCUCAUGUUUGUGGCAGCUGAACCUUUUGAGGAUUUUAUAGUUGUGACAGUUGAGGACAGAGUAGGUCCUGGUCCUAACAAUGUUGAGAUCUUGGGAAGGGAGAUUAUAUCAGUCAGAAGUGUUCCUCCCAGGCAUGAGAGCAAGCCCCCUGAUUCUCGUUGGUACAAUUUGCACAGGCCUAGUGCGGUUGGUGAGGAAGAAACAGAGAAAAAGAAGGAGAAAUUCUCAAGCAAGAUUCACCUCAGAAUCUGUCUCGAGGCAGGGUAUCACGUGCUUGAUGAGUCCACACAUUUUAGCAGUGAUCUCCAGCCAUCCUCCAAACAUUUGAGGAAGAAAAACAUUGGAAUUCUCGAACUUGGGAUACUGAGUGCCCGGAAUUUGCUUCCUAUGAAGGGCAAGGAAGGUAGGACUACUGAUGCAUACUGUGUGGCCAAGUAUGGCAACAAAUGGGUUCGAACCAGAACUCUGCUUGACACUCUAUCCCCUAGAUGGAAUGAGCAGUAUACAUGGGAAGUGCAUGAUCCAUGUACUGUGAUCACAAUCGGGGUUUUUGACAAUCACCACAUCAAUGGGAACGGUGACCAUAAAGAUCAGAGGAUUGGAAAGGUGAGAAUCCGGUUAUCAACUCUUGAAACUGAUAGAGUGUAUACUCAUUAUUAUCCUCUACUGGUUCUCCAACCCAAUGGCCUGAAGAAGAAUGGAGAGCUUCAUUUGGCAGUGAAAUUCACCUGCACAGCUUGGGUUAACAUGGUAGCACAGUAUGGAAGGCCUUUGCUUCCCAAAAUGCAUUAUGCCCAACCCAUACCUGUUAGGCACAUUGAUUGGCUCCGCCACCAGGCCAUGCAGAUUGUGGCAGCACGGUUGUCAAGAGCCGAGCCACCGCUUAGACAAGAAGCAGUUGAGUACAUGCUUGAUGUGGAUUACCAUAUGUGGAGUCUGAGGAGAAGCAAAGCCAAUUUUCACCGGAUAAUGUCACUCCUCUCAGGUGUUACAGCUGUGUGUAAAUGGUUUGACAACAUCUGCACUUGGAGAAACCCAGUGACAACCUGCCUUGUUCAUGUCUUAUUCUUGAUCUUGGUUUGCUACCCAGAACUGAUAUUGCCCACUAUUUUUCUUUACCUGUUUGUAAUUGGGAUUUGGAAUUACCGGUUCAGGCCAAGGCAUCCGCCCCACAUGGAUGCUAGGCUUUCACAAGCAGAAACCGCCCACCCAGAUGAAUUGGACGAGGAAUUUGACACUUUUCCAACUACAAGACCUGCAGAUAUUGUGAGAAUGAGGUACGACAGAAUGCGGAGUGUGGCAGGUAGAGUUCAGACUGUGGUUGGAGAUUUGGCAACUCAGGGAGAAAGAGCUCAAGCAAUAUUAGGUUGGAGAGACUCAAGGGCUACAUCUAUCUUCAUCAUCUUCUCACUGAUCUGGGCUGUGUUCAUUUACAUUACUCCCUUUCAGGUAGUAGCAAUUCUAGUAGGCCUCUACAUGCUGCGUCAUCCUCGGUUUAGGAGCAAGAUGCCAUCAGUGCCGGUUAAUUUCUUCAAGAGAUUGCCUUCUAAAUCAGACAUGCUGCUAUGAGGCCUGGCUUGGACCUCUCCCUUCCCCUGCCUAAUGUUUAAUUUUUGUGCACACAAAUAAUUCUAUAUAUAUGAAUAAACAGACCUGCACCAUUACACCCAAACGAAAGAGGGUGUAGCAAAGAUGUGAUAGUCCCCCUCCACUUACAUUAUAUGUAUAUCCCAAACCCUCAGAUUCAGCAAUAAAAAUAACUCGUAAUAGUUUUAUCAAA